AUGAUCUUUUCAAGAACCACUGUGCUGCUUGCCAUGGCGUCGGGCAUUUAUGCCCAGUCGCAAUAUACUUCUACUGGCACGGCUGCCGUGGCUCAGGCGGCUGCCACCGCACUGACUCUGUCCCCGACAUCGAGCGUGGCUGGUUUAACUUUCGAUCGCUUUGUUCAGAUUUGGCUUGAAAAUGAGGAUUACAGUGCGGCCAUCAAGGAUACAAAUCUUGCUUAUCUCGCUUCUCAAGGCAUAUCUCUCACAAAUUAUUAUGCUAUCACCCAUCCCUCUCAGCCUAACUAUGUGGCUGCCGUUGGCGGUAGCACCUUUGGUAUCGCCGAUGAUAAUACACACUAUAUCUCUUCGAGCACCAAGACAAUCGUUGACCUCCUCGAAAACGCUGGUGUCAGCUGGAGUCUGUAUCAGGAGGAUAUGCCAUAUUCCGGCUUCGAAGCCAGUUACCGCAACCAAAAGACUGGCGCAAAUGACUACGUGCGCAAGCACAAUCCCCUGAUGAGCUACAACUCGGUAACGUCAAAUACCGACCGACUGGCUAAGUCGAAGAACUUCACUAUGUUCAAUGAAGACUUGAACAACAAUAAGCUGCCUCAAUGGAUGUUCAUCACCCCUAAUAUGACAAACGAUGGCCACGACAGUUCCCUCGCCGCAGCUGGAGCCUGGUCCCGUAACUUUUUGACCCCUCUGCUCUCAAACAAGAAUUUCAACACCGAUCGCACUUUGAUCAUCCUUACCUUUGAUGAGGGUUUGACCACUGGCACCAAUAAGAUCUAUGCUGUCCUUUUGGGUGGCGUGAUCUCUAGCGCUAAGGCUGGUACCACGGACGGCACCGCGUAUAAUCACUAUAGUCUGUUGAAAACUGUAGAGACCAACUGGGGUUUGGGUAACCUUGGAGAGAAUGAUGUGGAUGCUACCGCGUUCUUCUAG